AUGUUCUUCAAACAUGAGCUGCUCCUGCUCGGAGUUUCGGCCUUGUCACUGGCUCAAGUAUGUGCCGCAACCGACAACUUCAAUCUGGUCGAUCCUCUGAUCGGUUCCCUCGACGGCGGCAAUGUCUUUGUCGGCGCCUCACUCCCAUUCGGCAUGGCAAAAGCGGUGGCCGACGUGUCUGGAGCGAACACUCCUGGGUUCUCGGACGACUUCUCCAACAUCACGGGCUUCUCUGCGCUUCACGACUCGGGUACCGGCGGAAAGCCAUCUAUGGGCAACUUCCCAAUCUCCGUGCAGCCAUUCUGCGAAGGAGACACCAUAGAUGGAUGCAAAUACGGCUCCAAGUAUGAGCGGGCUGUGAAUUACACCAAUGGAACGGUCGAGGCGAAACCUGGCUACUUUGCAAUAGGGCUGGAUGAUGGCGUCAACGUGGAGAUGACCGUCACCGAACAUACCGCCUUGUACAACUUCCAUGUUCCGGCCAACAGCUCCAGUCCGUUCUUCAUGGUCGAUCUCACAGAUUUGAGCGACAGCCGGCAAAACGCUAGUGUAUACGUUGAUCCGGACACUGGCAGAAUAUCCGGCAAUGGUACCUUCAUUCCCAGCUUUGGAGUAGGUUCAUACCAAACGUACUUUUGUGCAGACUUCAAAGGUGCAGCCAUUCGCGACACUGGAGUGUGGUCCAACACACGUGGUGGCACGGGACCAAAGGAGCUCUUCAUCAACCGAGGAUACAAUCUCAUCUAUCUCCAAGGUGGAGCCUUUAUCAGAUUCCAAGAUCCUACCAAUGGCACAGUGCAGGUGCGCAUGGGCGUCAGUUUUAUGAGCACCGAACAAGCGUGCAGCAAUGCCGAGCGAGAGAUUUCAGACUGGGACUUUGAUCGUGUGAGAGGAGAUGCGGAGGAUCAGUGGAAGCAAAAGCUGUCCGGUGUGACGAUCUCACCUGGAGGCGCCUCAGAAGAUCUUCAAAAGACCUUUUUCUCCGGGAUCUAUCGAACGCUCAUCUCUCCUCAGAACUAUACCGGCGAGAACCCUCUCUGGCAAACAUCCGAGCCUUACUUUGACAGUUUCUAUUGCAUCUGGGACUCCUUCCGUACGGAGUUCCCAUUCCUUGCCAUCACCCAGCCAGAAGUCCUUUCGCAGCUUGUCCGAAGUCUCAUCGAUACAUACGUCCACGUCGGGUGGCUUCCAGACUGCCGCAUGACUCUGUGCAAGGGUUUCUCGCAAGGAGGAUCCAACGCGGACGUGGUCAUUGCCGACGCUUACCUCAAGUCCAUCUCGAACAUCAACUGGGACCUCGCAUACGAAGCAGUAGUCAAUGAUGCCGAGAACGAACCCUUCGAGUGGGGAGCCGAAGGCCGCGGUGGUCUGCAAUCAUGGCACGCUCUAGGCUACAUCCCAGUCAACGACUUCGACUAUCUUGGUUUCGGCCCGCCCUUCCACUCCAUCAGCCGCACUCUCGAAUACGCAUAUAACGACUACACCAUCGCCGUUCUCGCCAACAAACUCAACAAAUCCAGCGAUGCAGAGAAGUACCUCUCCCGCGCCUCCAACUGGAAAAACCUCCACAAGAAAGACCAGAUCGCCAUCCACCCCAAUGGCACCGACACGGGUUUCGUGGGCUACUUCCAGCCGAAGUAUGCGAACGGCACAUGGCGGUAUCAGGAUCCUGUCGAGUGUUCACCCUUAGGUGCCUUUUGCAGCUACUCCGGUAAUCCAAAGGAGACCUUCGAGUCCGCCAUCUGGGAGUAUCAAUUCUUCGUCCCACACGACCAAGCCGCACUCAUCACUCUGUUGGACGGGAAGGAGGCGUUCAUCCGCAGACUCGACUACCUGCACGAAUCUGGUCUUCUCGACAUCGGCAACGAACCAUCAGAGUUGACAUGCUUCCAAUACCACUACGCCGGCCGACCAGGACGUUCCUCCUACCGCUUACACACCUACAUCCCCGCAUCCUUCAACUCGAGCCGCAACGGCUUACCCGGCAACGAUGACAGCGGCGCAUCCGGCUCAUUCGUAGCAUUCGCUAUGUCCGGUCUCUUCCCCGUCGCUGGGCAGAAUGUCUACCUCAUCAUCCCACCGCUUUUCGAGAGCGUGGAGUACAAGCAUCCGAUCACCGGCAAGGUAGCCAAGAUCGCGAAUGCGAAUUUCGAUCCGGAGUACAAGCGGAUUUAUAUUCAGAAUGCGACGUUGGAUGGAGAGCCGUAUACGAAGAAUUGGAUCGGGCAUGACUUCUUUUUGAAUGGUGGGACGUUGGAGUUUCAGCUUGGGGAACAGGAGAGUGAGUGGGGGACGAGGGAUGAGGAUUUGCCGCCGAGUGUGUCGGGUGAAGGGGGACAGUAUUCUUUUGGUGGAGGGAUGGAUAGUCUGUAGGUGGCGA